CAUGGGCAGCGGGCCCCACCAUUUAACGAGAAAAUAAAAACGAACAAAAAAAAAAAAGUACUGAAAUUUAAAUUUUGUGUACAGGCGACGACAAAUCGGCUGUACCGUUUUUCAUCAAUCAGCAAAAACAGAGCUGCGGUAUAAAUCUCGACGCCGCGGCUUGUGUCCAGCUUCGUCCCCUCAACAACAUCGAAGAAAAAGCAGGCAGACGCGAUCCUCCGGUGGUUUUGGCUUCGUUUUAGGAAGUAAGGAGACCUUGGCUUCUCUUUCUCUCUCUCUGCGCGGCUCUCCAGAGCACAAAAAGGUGUCCGUUUGGUUUACGCAGAGAGAGGAGAAAAAAAAACCCCCCAAAAAGCAGAAAACAUAAAAUGGCAGUUUCAAGAGUCGCCGUUGCCGCCGUCGCCGUCGCACUCAUCUUCGCCAUUGCGUUGCCUGCUGCUGUUCAGGCUCAGGGCAUGGCGCCGGCUCCGGCCCCAGUCGCCACCAGCGAUGGGACGUCGAUUGACCAAGGAAUCGCUUAUGUGCUGAUGCUGCUGGCUUUGGUGUUGACUUACCUGAUUCAUGCGGCAGAUGUGACUCCCAGCUUCUAAAUUAGACGAGGAGAUGAUGAUGGAGAGCAGGAAGGAAUUGAUUUCGUGAUUCAUUUCUUUGUCAAUUGGGUUUUGGAACCUUGGUCUUCUGUAUUUUAAGGUGGUCCUCUGGUUUGCCUGUGUAUUUAUUGUUUUGAUCAUGGAGGACAAGUUGGGAUCUCUUUCGUGCUUGUUGAAGAAGGAGAAGGAGAACAAAUGUGGGGUUGUUGGGGGGAAUUCUAGCGGCUGUUGCUAAUGUUAUCAUCUUGUUUGGUGGGCUUAUCUUUCUUUCCUACUCCUGUCCCUUUCAUUACUCUCAUCAAAGUUUCCCAGCAUCGUUCUGUCAUUGCUUGAAGAAUCAAAGCAUUGCAGCAACUCGGACGCAAAUGAAACUCAGAGCAAAUUCGUGCCACACUAAUGCUGAUAAACAGACAGUAUCCGGCAUUGGAAGACAAUGUCGAUAGCAACAACUGAAGAACAAGCUUAAGAAGGGCCAUUGAAUAUUCAUCAGCUGGGCAUCUUAAAUUGACCAUUCAAAGUUUUACAUCAUUGUGUGAGGAAACAUCAAAAGAGCAAAAACAAUUGAGAGUCAGAUUCGAGAUCGAAGAAUUUCAUAAUCUUCUUAGCACCUCUGAAUAAUCAGAAACUAAGAUUCUUCAGACAUCAAAAGCUCAACUAGCGACUAGCAAGUGAAGUCCUUGGACUCAAAAGACAUGAACUUGAUACACCCCACAACGAAAGAUGGAUCCGGCAAAGGGCCAAGAGUGUGUGAACUCAACCUUUCUUGGGGGAUACCUCAUCAGCUUCUUUCUUGGCCUCAUUUGCUAGGGAGAACUUCUUCACAUUCUGCAGAUGAACAAUGGCAUAUACCAAAACCCAAAAGAGGAAAUAUCAUAAGCAUACA